AUGAAUUUAGCUGAAGCCACCAUGCAAUUUGCUGUUGUCGUGCGACACAUGACCCAUUUGUCAAAUGAUGAUGAAGAAGAUUUCUUUCCCAAAAAGUGUAAACUGAAAGAUGUUCAAAAACAUUUAGAAUCGAGUGAUGUCACGGCUUCUCUUGAUACUCAAUGGUUAGUUGAAGUAUAA